CACACCCCUCACACACACUCUUCACCCCACACACACACCCCUCGCACACACUCUUCACCCCACACACCCCUCACUCACACUCUUUAUGGGUUAGGCAACAAUUGUGGUUGGAAAAAUGCAGUUUUGUUUAAAAUCCUCUAGCCUUGUCUGAAGGCUCAGUGAGUCAGUCAGUGCCCAUGACCCUGUCCCAGGUUCACCCACUAUACUAAUAGCCACUGCCUGUCUGAACACCCCACAACACCACACAACACCCCACAACACCCCAUAACAGCCCACAACACCCCACAACACCCCACAACACCCCACAACACCUACACUCACUUAUUUUUCCUGCUUCCAAAAAACCCCUCAGGAACUGACUAUUGACCUCCCUCCUGGUAAUGACCUACUCCUGGUAAUGACCUACUCCUGGUAAUGACCUCCCUCCUGGUAAUGACCUACUCCUGGUAAUGACCUUCUCCUGGUAAUGACCUCCCUCCUGGUAAUGACCUACUCCUGGUAAUGACCUUCUCCUGGUAAUGACCUCCCUCCUGGUAAUGACCUUCUCCUGGUAAUGACCUUCUCCUGGUAAUGACCUCCCUCCUGGUAAUGACCUUCUCUUGGUAAUGACCUUCUCCUGGUAAUGACCUUCUCCUGGUAAUGACCUUCUCCUGGUAAUGACCUCCCUCCUGGUAAUGACCUUCUCCUGGUAAUGACCUUCUCCUGGUAAUGACCUUCUCCUGGUAAUGACCUCCCUCCUUGUAAUGACCUUCUCCUGGUAAUGACCUGCCUCCUUGUAAUGACCUUCUCCUGGUAAUGACCUGCCUCCUUGUAAUGACCUUCUCCUGGUUGUGUUGGUGUGAUCUCUCAGAGGAAAGCUGUAGACUUCUGUCCUCAGUUCUCAGUUCUAACCCCUCCAGUCUGAGAGAACUGGACCUGAGUGGCAACAAACUGCAGGAUUUAAAAUUGAAGCAUCUUUCUGUUGGACUGAAGGAUCCACACUGCAGCCUGGAGACACUCAGGUUGUGUUUGUGUGACCUGACAGAGGAAAGCUGUAGAGUUCUGUCCUCAGUUCUCAGCUCCAUCUCCUCCAGACUAACAGACCUGGACCUGAGUAACAACAACCUGCAGGAUUCAGGAGUGAAGCUGCUCUCUGAUGGACUGAAGGUUCCACACUGUACACUGAAGACUCUGAGGUUGUGUUUGUGUGACCUGACAGAGGAAAGCUGUAGAGUUCUGUCCUCAGUUCUCGGCUCCAUCUCCUCCAGACUAACAGACCUGGACCUGAGUAACAACAACCUGCAGGAUUCAGGAGUGAAGCUGCUCUCUGAUGGACUGAAGGUUCCACACUGUACACUGAAGACUCUGAGAUUGUAUGGUUGCUGUCUGAGAGAGGAAAGCUGUAGAGCUCUGGCCUCAGUCCUGAGAUCCUCCAGACUGAGAGAACUGGAUCUGACGGAUAAUAAAGUGCAGGAUUCAGGAGUCAGGCUGCUCUCUGAUGGACUGAAGGAUCCAAGCUGUACACUGCAGACUCUGAGGUUGUGUUUGUGUGAUCUUUCAGAGGAAAGCUGUAGAUUUCUGUCCUCCGUCCUGAGAUCCUCCAGACUGAGAGAACUGAAUCUGUGGGAUAAUAAAGUGCAGGAUUCAGGAGUGAAGCAGCUCUCGGCUGGACUGCAGAUGCCCCACUGUGCGCUGGAGAAACUGGAGCUGACACGGUGCAGUAUAACAGGUGAAGGUUGUGCUGCUCUGGCUGCAGCUCUGAGGUCAAACCCCUCGUCACACCUGAGAGAACUGAACCUGGACUACAACAAACCAGGAGAAUCAGGAGUGAAGCUGCUCUCUGAUCUACUGAAGGAUCCACACUGUACACUGGAGACACUACACAUGAACUAAAAAUAAGACUUCCUGAAGAAGAUCUGCUUGUUCGAUGAUGUAACGUGACUGAAUGUAUGAGUAAUAUAUUGUGUGUGUGAUAAGUGUGUAAAAUAAUCCAAGCCAUGUGAGAUUGUCAACUCAUUCAUUAUUUUAUACACACACACACACACACACACACACACACACACACACACACACACACACACACAAUCUUCUCA